AUGGCCCCGAACCCCUCCGCCGUCGCCAUCCAGGCCGCGCUCGACGGCAACCUCGGCCUCCUCAAGAAAAUGGCGAGCAAGAUUGACCUGCGGAGAGUCAGCGGCCCCAGUGGUUGGAACCUGCUGCACUUCGCCGCCGCCAAUGGUCGCCUGGAGGUCUGCCGGCUCCUGGUGGAGGAAUCCGGGCUCGAUGUCAACUGCAGCACCGCGGAUUCCGAGACACCGGUUGUCCACGCCGCGGUCGCCGGAGAGGUGAGCCUCCUACGCUACCUCCUCGACCCCGUGUCAAAAUUUUUAAAUUUCAGAACACACCACGGCGGCGACGCCGCCAUGCUCGACGCCGAGGGCCAAACGACGCUGCACAAUGCGGCACAGACCGGGCACAACGAGGCUGUAAUCCUGCUGCUGUCCAGGGGCGUUGAUGUGGAUCCCAUCAACUAUCGUGGUGGAACGCCGCUGCACUUGGCGGCAGGGAUGGGCCAUGAUCAGGCUGUGAAAGCUCUGCUGGAGCACGGCGCCGAUCCCAACAGAGUUGCGCAUGGCAUUUUCCCGCCCCUCAUGAUGGCAUGCUCUGCAGGCUCCUUGAAAUGCAUGAAGACAUUGGUUCGGAUUGUGGAUUACAGCUUGCAGCUACUUGAGCUUUGCAUAGUUAAUUCUAAUUUCUAUAUAUUGGGUGGUGCUGAUGCGAAGUUUAGAAGUCCCUAUGGACCAAGCCUUUUAAUGAAGGCAGUAAUGGAUGGUUCAGCCGACACUGUCAAGUUCUUGCUAGAGACUGGAGCUGACCCUAACAUUUUUGAUGAGUUUGGGGAAAAUCCAAUCAUGUGCGCAGCUUGCACCGGGCGACAUGAUCUAGUUGAAAUUCUCUUUCCUCAUACAAAACCAGUUGCCUCUAUGCCUGACUGGAGUGUUGAAGGGCUAAUUAAUACUACAAAAUCAAUGCCUUUGAGAACUAUGGAGGGCUUGAUGGAAGUACUUGCUGAUGCAAAAGCACGAGGAAAUGAAGCAUUUGCAAAAGGGGACUACCUUGCAGCAACCUGUUUCUAUAAAGUGGCAAUGCACAAAGAUCCGCUUGAUGCUACCUUGUUUGCCAACAGAAGCCUGUGUUGGUUGCGUCUGGGAAUUGGAGAGGAAGCUUUAUUAGAUGCUAAGAGAUGUAAAAUGAUGCGUCCUCGUUGGUCAAAGGCAUGGUACCGUGAGGGCGCAGCUCUAAGAUUGCUCAAGAACUACAAAGGAGCUGCUAAUGCAUUUGUGGAAGCACUGAAGCUUGACCCUGCAAAUGACGAGAUCAAGACAGCGUUAAGGGAGGCCAUUGAGGCUUUAAGGUGUGCUGCUCGCUCCGAAGAACAGAACCCUUGA